ACCUUCUGGAGAAGUCUCGUGUGACCUUCCAGCUCAGGGCUGAGAGAGAUUACCACAUUUUCUACCAGAUUCUCUCCAACAAGAAGCCUGAACUCUUGGAGAUGCUGCUGAUCACAAAUAAUCCCUACGACUAUGCCUUCAUCUCUCAGGGGGAAACCCAAGUGGCCUCUAUUGAUGAUGCGGAGGAACUGAUGGCAACAGAUAAUGCUUUUGAUGUGUUGGGUUUCACUCAAGAGGAAAAGAACUCUGUUUAUAAACUGACUGGUGCCAUCAUGCAUUACGGCAACAUGAAAUUCAAGCAGAGGCAGAGAGAGGAGCAGGCCGACGCUGAUGGCACUGAGGAUGCUGACAAAUCAGCUUAUCUGAUGGGUCUGAACUCUGCCGACCUCAUCAAAGGUCUCUGUCACCCCAGAGUCAAAGUAGGAAAUGAGUGGGUCACCAAGGGACAAAAUGUCGCCCAGGUCAACUAUGCUGUUGGAGCUCUAUCCAAAGCUGUUUAUGAAAGGAUGUUCCUGUGGAUGGUAAUUAGAAUCAACCAGUCACUGGAGACCAAGCAGCCUCGCCAGUACUUCAUUGGUGUGCUGGACAUUGCUGGAUUUGAGAUCUUUGAUUACAACACGUUUGAGCAGCUGUGCAUCAACUUCACCAAUGAAAAACUGCAACAGUUUUUCAACCACCACAUGUUCGUGCUGGAGCAGGAAGAGUACAAGAAAGAGGGCAUUGAAUGGACUUUCAUUGAUUUUGGUAUGGACUUGCAGGCCUGUAUUGACCUCAUUGAGAAGCCCAUGGGUAUCAUGUCCAUCCUUGAAGAGGAGUGCAUGUUCCCUAAAGCUUCUGAUGCCACCUUUAAAGCUAAGCUCUAUGACAACCAUCUGGGGAAAUCUGCAAACUUCCAGAAGCCCAGAGUUGUCAAAGGAAAACCAGAGGCCCAUUUUGCCCUGAUGCACUACGCUGGAACUGUUGAUUAUAAUAUCAACAACUGGCUGGUGAAGAACAAAGAUCCUCUGAAUGAGACUGUCGUUGGAUUGUACCAGAAGUCCACUCUCAAGCUGCUCCCUGUCCUUUUUGCAAAUUAUGCUGGGAGUGAUUCAGUUACGGGUGAAGGUACUGAAGGUAAAAAAGAGAAGAAAAAGAAGGGAUCAUCAUUUCAGACUGUGUCUGCUCUUCAUAGGGAGAACCUGAACAAGCUGAUGACCAACUUGAGGUCUACUCACCCCCACUUUGUACGCUGCAUCAUCCCCAAUGAGACCAAGACUCCUGGGGCCAUGGAGAAUCCCCUGGUGAUGCACCA